UCGCAGCAUCAUGAUCAUUCAUUAGCGAUGGGUCCUCCAUACGUCAUCGGAGUAGAUGGAGGCACGGAGGGUAUACGUGCUGGCGUGUUCGACCUUGAUGGAAAUGCCUUGGCCUUCUCCAGCUGCGCGUAUGCAACGCAGUACCCGCAGCCGGGGUGGGCGGAGCAAAAUCCCGACGCGUGGUGGAAGGGGCUAGGAGAGGCCGUGAGGGAAGCCGUGUCCAAGUCGGUGGUAUCGGCGGCGGACAUCGUGUCGAUCGGGGUGGACACAACGUGCUGUUCCGUCGUGGCUCUCGACGCAAAUGGCCGUCCCCUGCGACCCUCCCUCCUGUGGAUGGACAUGCGAUCCGCGGGCUGCGCGGAGCAGGUGGCCAAGACCGGAGACGACGCCUUGAGGGUUAACUCCGGGGGAAGGGGCCCCGUGUCUGCGGAGUGGAUGAUCCCCAAGGCGCUCUGGCUCAAGAAAAACGAGCCGGAGCUGUUCGCGCGCGCGCACUACGUUUGCGAAUACCAGGACUUCAUCAAUUUUCGUCUGACCGGGCGCAUGGUGGCCUCCGUCAAUAACGCCUCGAUUCGGUGGCACUACUCCACCACCCACGGCUGGCCGGUGUCGCUUCUCGAGAAACUCGACCUCGCCGAUCUACAGGGAAAGUGGCCGCAGGAAGUGAUCGCCCUUGGCGGUGUCGUGGGCGGAAUCUCCGCUGAAGCGGCGCAGCACCUGGGGCUGCCGGAAGGUCUCCCUGUCGCCCAGGGCGGCGCUGACGCGUUUGUAGGCAUGGUCGGCUUGGGCGUGGUGAACAGCGGAGAGAUGGCAUUGCUCACGGGCUCGUCCCAUCUACACCUGGGCCUCACCCACGACAGGCACUUGCACGGCUCGGGCAUGUGGGGCGCUUACCCCGACGCGGUGCUCCCGGGACUGGGUGUGGCGGAGGGCGGGCAAACGUCUACCGGUAGCGUGAUCGCGUGGUUCCGCCGCCUGGUCUCCGGCGGUGGAGAGGAGCUGGUCUCGUACAAAACGCUGAACGAGGAGGCGGAGGCCGUGCCCAUCGGCUGCGAGGGGCUGGUGUGCUUGGAUCACUUCCAGGGAAACCGCACCCCGUACACUGACCCGCUUUCGAGGGGGGCCCUCGCCGGCCUGACCCUCAAGCACGGGAGAGGACACAUAUUCCGCGGGUUGAUCGAGUCGGUGUGCCUCGGGACCGAGCUGGUGUUCGAGGCGAUGCGAAAGGCGGGGUACACGCCUUCCUCCGUGGCGGUCGCGGGGGGUGCGACAAAUUCCCGUCUGUGGCUUCAGACACACGCGGACGUGAGCAACGUCCCCAUGAAGGUUACCAGGGAGAGGGAGGCGUGUUUGCUGGGCUCAGCGAUCCUCGCCGCCGUCGGGGGGGGGCUGUUUCCGGACAUCCCCUCCGCCGCCCGUGCCAUGGUUCACGUCGAGGGAACAGUGAUGCCGAAUCCCGAGGCGCACGCCAAGUAUAAGCGGGUGCUGGAGCGGUAUCGUGCGGUGUACCCCGCGCUCAAGCCCGUCUUCCGCGACCAGGGAGCAGGGGCCCCGCCGACGACCGCAGCAGGGGGGGUGGAUGAGUCUGGCGGUGGCGGUGCGGCUGCGGCGGAAGGGGAGACGGGGGCGGCGGUGGUAGGGCUGGUGAACGCGUCCAUUCUUGCGGCGGAUAUGGCAGACCUGUCGGGAGAGGUAGAGAGGGUGAUGGCGGCGGGGGCGGACUGGAUUCACGUGGAUGUCGUCGACAACGUGUUCGCAAAGGUGCUAACAUUUGGGCCUCCCGUCGUCGCGAGCCUUCGCCGUCGACACCCCUCGGUCUUCCUGGACGUGCAUCUGGCCGUCGAGAACCCGCACGAGUACGUUGACGCGCUCAAGGACGCCGGGACUAGCCAGGUCCUGUUUCACCCCGAGGCCGUAGCCGAGGGUGGCGACAUGGAUGCUGCGAGCUUGGCCGUGCGAAUCUCGGAGGCGGGCAUGCGGGCGGGGGUUGCUCUAAGGCCCGAGACCCCGGUCUCCGCGGUGCUGCCGCUCCUGGAGCCGCGGCGGCUCGUGAAAUGCGUCGACGUGCUCGCGGUCCAACCGGGUUUCGGGGGUCAGGCGUUCGACUCGACCGUUCUGACGAAGGUUGAGGAGUUGCGGUCGAUCUGUCCGGAGCUGGACAUUCAGGUAGACGGCGGCGUCAGCGCCACCACGGCUCAGGCUUGCGUUGCCGCAGGGGCUAACGUGCUGACCUCGGGGAGUUUCAUUUUUGGCAGCAACACCGGAAGCAUGGCCUCUAGUCAUGUUUCGGAAGCGGCGGCGGCGGUAUCGAUUGCAGAGUUGAGGGGGGCGCUUUCCGCAAAGUGGCCGUCACCGGCGCCGGCGAAGGCGUCAAGCGUAGUCUAGUUAGGUGGAGGAGGACGCGGUGGCAUGCGGUGGACUCUGUUAAAAGAUUGGGGUGGGGGUGAAAGGAGCAUAUAUACCCUGACGGCUUGAUGGAAGGCGUUGGCGGCAAUGAUACCGUUGGCUGUGAAGCCCACGGGUCUUCCUCUUUUCGUGACGUCUGGCACGCUUCGUGAUUGCUUUCUUGUGGUUCUUGCCUGCUGUUUGGUCGCUUUGCCGGUGGCAAAAAGGGCGGUAAACGUAAAUAGUCGUGUGUGUCUUCGCGGUCUGAGGAUCACCACAAGACAAAAGCACGGGUGUUUACAUUUUUGGCGUCAGACAUGUUUCUUUUCAUUACGCAAUAAUGAGGUGGCUUGAGCAUCGAUCGCUACAAGAAGACCGUUUCGCCCGACGCGAGCACAAGCACGUCUUGACCAAAACCACGCCUCACACUCUACACAAACAGUCAGCGACCGCCCCCGUCGAACAGAAAAACAAACUCGAGAACAAGAAUUUAAGACGCCCGGCAGCGAGAGCGGACAUCGAACCCACGACUUGCAACUAAGCACGACGAAACAACGAAAACAACAGAAUGCUGGGUAAAAAUCCAUACAGAGUGAAAUUCUUCGACCCAACGUUUCCCCGUCCAAAUCUCCCUACACAAUACAUAAACUAAAUAUUUACAAGACAUACAAUCAAAAGGAACAGCGCCAUCUCUGCAGCCGAGGUGCAAGCGAGCGACGUUACCCGUGCUCCGAGAACAAACAAACACCGCAAGAGGUGGAGAGAUGGCACAACUCCCCCUCGACCGACUUUCAUAGCUCGAUUGAUCCGCAACCAAGCGGGUGCGAAAAGAGCCCGACAUGCCUAAGGAAAGCCGUCGACGAGAUGUUUCCGUCGUUCCGACACCACCACUUUUGGUGUUGGAACAUAAUGAAUCUUGGUCGUGGAGCAAUCCCUCUCUGAAAAUCGCUCUAGGGGGGGGGGGGUGCCAACUCUCCGACUCUUCCGGAAUACCACGGUACGGUAUACGGUACGGUACAGACAAUCUUGGUCGUGGAGCGAUCGAGCUUUGAAAGUCGGUCUAGGGGGGGUGCCACUUAUUGUCCGCAGAUGACAACGAAACCACCGGACUCACGACCGUCAGGCCGACGAUCGGGAAAUUGACACCUGUGUGCCAGAUGCGAACACCCGUCCUUGCCACACGCGACAAGAUGGUUGGUUUAUCAGAUCUUGCCGCCCGCAGGCUUCUAUAUUGUAUAUUACAUCGGAAACCUUCGCAGGAGGCGGAGCCAACUGCAACCGUUGCACACUGAACGCCGGUGCUUGAAUGCGGAAUUGCGGUAUUGCGGUCAACCCGAGAGACCCAUUUGACGGAGGGACCGAGCCUUUCUAAACACGCACGGUGAUGAGAGUGUCACGCAAAGAGUCGGAAAAAAGAGAACAACACAAAACAAAAGUGUCCAGCCAAAGCGUCCUGUCGAAAACAACAUGUAAAACUAACACAACACCACCAGUACGAGCAUACUACAAACGUUGCCUGGAGACGACCGGACCGGCGCGGCCGGCCAAAAAAUCCCCCACAACAGAGCCACAAGGAACGCGCCCCGAGACCUGUUACCGAACCUCCGCUUUGAAAAACUUCGCGGAUUCCUCGCCCCCGCUACAACUGUCGUCCUGCUUCGCAACACCGAACGCCUCGGGGCUGGUGCUUCUACUUCUACUUCUACUCCCGCUUCUUUUGUCUUUCCUGCGACCGCUCUCAAUCGCCGACGGCGAGCUAGCCGCCAGAGGGUCACGUUCCGAAUUGCCGUUGCCGUUGCCCAGGAGCUCGCCCUCCCCCCCCGCGGCGGCGGUAGUAGUAGCGCGGUCGUCGUCCCAUACCGUCCGUACCGGCGGCCGUCUAUUUCGAGGGGACCCCGCGAACCUGAUCCACCUCUCCCCGCCCCCACUGCCAUACGCCCGGCCGGCACC